CUGUACAAAGCCUGUGUGGUCGACAACGAGUUAGAAACAGUCGUAUUGUCCGAGGCUCAGAUGCUUAUGAUGGAGAGUUUCCUUGGGCAGUCUCUAUUCGGUUCAACAAGGAACAUCACUGUGGAGGAACAAUUCUAGAUAAACGGUGGAUUCUGACGGCAGCUCACUGCGUGCAGUUAUACACCGCCCGUCAUUUUGUUGUUCGUGUUGGCGAGUUUGAUUUAUCUGAAAAGGAAAAUCAUCACACCGAAGAUAUCAAUGUCCAACAAAUUAUUGUUCACCCUAAAUACUCUGACCCCAAGCGAUAUUAUAACGAUAUAGCUAUUUUGAGAUUGGCAAAAGACAUUACGUUUUCUGAUUACGUCAGACCUAUUUGUCUACCGGAUGCUUCGAGCUCUUAUGUAAACCAUGAAGGUACUGUCGUUGGCUGGGGUUUUACUGACGAUCCAGAGGAAG